AAGAUCUUUGUUCUUCCCCGACAACCGGUUUGGUUGGAUAGAAUCCUUCUCCAGGCUCCAGCCUCUUCCUUGGAAGCAGGCAACGGGGAUUGAGGUCGGUCACCACUCACCGGAGACAGAGAGCCAUGGCGGUGGCUCUUAUCUCCCCUACUUCCUCUCUCCCCAGCUCCGCUUCCUCCUCCUCCUCGCUCCAACCCAGGAGCAAAGGCUCGUUUGCUACAGGAGCGUGCGCUUCAUCUUCCGGGAGGAGAGCCCGUGGCCUCGUCUCGUGUUCGUGCACGACCGCUUCAGGAAACCGCGGGCUGGAAAGGAGGCACCUUCUGCUGUCCGGCCUUGCGUCGUCUUUUGCAAUUGCCCUCCCAGUUUCAGAAUCGUAUGCUGAUACGGAGCUGGAUGACGAGGUGAAUAUGGCUAUGCUAGUAGAUGAGACCAACGCAUAUUCUUUUCUUUACCCAGUUCAACUACCGGGAAAGAAACGUCCAUUCAGAUGGAUAGAGUCCAGAAAAUCGGAGCGAUAUUCCUCUGCAGCGCCACUGUCUCCUGAUGCACGGCAACGCAUUGUAUCUGAGCGCCUUGACAUGAUAAACAAUGCUGUCAUCUCAGUCUCGAUUGGGCCACCAAGUUCACGCUUCCUACCUUCGAAAGACAAGAAAACUUGGGCCGCGAAAGAUGUCGCUGACUGUGUUUUAUCUGACAAAUCUUCAUUGAAGGUGACAACAAGCCAGAGAAUGGCCGAGAGUUCUGUGCUUGAUGCACACAUUACAGAGGUUGACGGAGAACCAUACUGGUAUUAUGAAUAUAUUGUUCGGAAAUCACCAACAAAAUCUGCACCAGAACCUAAUCUGUUUCGGCACAAUGUAGCCUGUACUGCUGAGCGAGAUGGUUAUCUGUAUACAUUGAAUGCUUCCACUCUCAGCAAGCAGUGGGAAUAUAUUGGACCUUUGCUACAAAAGACCGUGGCGUCCUUUCGCUUUCUGCCCCCAACAGAGAAUUAUGUUCCUCCGUAUCAGGAUCCUUGGAGGUUUUGGUGACACGAUGGUUAUUUUUUACAUUUUUUGGUGAUUCGACAGCUUCAUUUUUAGACCAUAUUUCUUGUAAUAGAUGUUUCACACUUUCAGUUCUACAAGCUAAGUAUAGAGGCUCAGUUUGCUUUUUCCUUCUCUUUAUGCCAAUCAACUUCGAAUUGGAUUAGAUGUCAAAUGUGUCAACUCUCAAGUGUACCGAUGGCAAUAAACAAUUCAAUUACCAUUAUUUCUGUCCAAA